ACUUUCUGUACAUCUUGACUUAAAGCUUUCGUGACUGCAGGAAUUGAUAUCUGGCUUUUAGAUCACGUAGAUCUACGUGACUUUACCGAAAGACCCAACGAAUAUGCUUUCUGCACGUUUGAUAACGCACUCGUGGGAGUCUAAACUUCAUAGGCGUUAUAUAGAAAUGUAUUGCGCUUUUUAUAUCGAGUUACGUAUACCUCUCUGAAGUUUGGUAAACUAAUUGUGUGAAUUGUCACCGCUAUCACUGAUUAAACUUCUCAAAUAUAAGUCUUUAAGCACGUUGAAGUAUCGGUAGACUGGCUCCCGCCAUUGUAACGUGGAAUUUUUCACCACCGAUUCCAGGACCAGCAGUGGAGUGCAAUAUGAGCUGUGUGCGGGUCGUUUUACGCACUCGACCCUCGCCGAGGUUUGCCGAAAGCCAGAUUGACAUAAACCCAACUGAUAAGACGGUAAACAUCCGCUUAAAGGAACACAAUCAAAAGGAGAUUGUGAACAAUCAAGUCACAGAAUGGAGCUUCAAGGUGGAUGGAAGUCUUCACAACACCAACCAGGAAAUGGUGUACAGAGAGACGGCGCGAGAGGUUGUCUCCCGGACACUGGAUGGUUACAACGGAACCAUAAUGUGCUAUGGUCAGACCGGCGCAGGGAAAUCGUACACAAUGACUGGAAGCACGGAAAAUUUCUCCGAGCGAGGCAUCAUCCCGCGGGUCCUUGAGCAAGUCUUUCACGAUAUUGAGGAGCGUGUGGAGCAAGACAUCACUGUUCGCGUCUCCUAUCUGGAGAUCUACAACGAAAGUCUCUGUGACCUGUGUGCCAUGCCUGCGUGUCAGGCCAUCGAUAAACAACUGUCUAUUAUGGAUGAGCGUGGUAUGGUUUCUGUCAAAGGUCUGACUUGUCAGUUGGUCAGCAGCCAAGAGGAGGCCCUCACCAAGCUAUUUGAGGGUGAAAUGAAUAGAGCAGUUGCUUGCCAUACGCUCAAUAAGAAGUCUUCAAGAUCUCACUGCAUAUUCACUCUGUACAUAGAGUCCCGCUCGAAAACAAUCACAAAUUCUAAAUACACGAUGUCUAAACUCAACCUGGUUGAUUUGGCUGGCUCUGAGCGUUUGGGCAAAGCUACGUCAGAAGGACAAGUGGAAAGAGAGGCAACGUACAUAAACAAGUCGCUGUCCUUCCUGGAGCAAGCUGUGAUCGCCCUGGCAGAUCGCAGACGGGAGCAUGUCCCUUUCCGUCAAAGCAAACUCACACAUGUUCUUAAGGAUGCCAUCGGUGGAAACUGCAAUACUGUGCUCAUUGCCAACAUCAUCGGGGAGACUGAACAGAUAGAAGAAACGCUCUCCACAUUGAGGUUUGCUGCUCGGAUGGCCUGCGUUCCUGUGAACCCUGUCCCCAUUGAACUUCAUGACCCACAACGGACAGUGAAGGAUCUAGAGAAAGAGAUCAGGCUGCUGAAAAAUGAACUGGCAAUGCAUGACAUCUUGGCAAACCGUAAGAAGGUGAGCUAUGAGCCACUUUUGGAACAUCAGGUGGCUGAGAUUCAAUCUCAAGUGCGCCGCUACUUAGAUGGCUCACUCAACGAGAUCACCUUGGCCAACGUAAGACAAAUUCAAGAAGUGUUUGCACAAUUUAAGGUGAUUUUCUUUCAGCAAGAGGAAGAGGUGGAGGCAAACCUAAGGCAAAAGUUCAGCUUGCAAGAGAGGAGAAAGGGGCCUUCUCUAGAUGUAAUUCAGAAGGCUGGCUCAACAGAAAAUGAAGUGGUUCUGGCUGGAGAGCUGGAGCGCGAUGGAUUUGGACUUGGGUUGGCGCCCACCUCGUCCAAGCUUUACCUCUCGCCCGUUGUUACUGCCAAGAAGAACAGGAACAAGAAGACACUUAAGGAUAGUGCCAGCAAAAGGGAGAGGCCAGGAAGCCCACAGCUCCGAGAGUCUCCCUUUGUGGGAGAAGGUGGCCAGAGAGAGCAUGACGUGACCAGCGUAGCCUCUGAGGUCUCUGAACAGCUAAACCGUUCAAACACUCCACCAAUGCCAGCUGUUGCAUUUGAGGCAUUUAAAGCAGAGCGAGGCAGUGAGAUUAACCGUAUCUUCAAAGAAAACAAAUUGAUUUAUAAGGAGAAGCAAACAAAAGCAAUAGAACUGGCAAAACACAUAAAUACUUUGAAGCAAGAAAUAGACGUUGCCAGAGAGGCACUGGAAGCCAAGACAAAAAAGAGACAAGAACAAGGUGAAUUUAUGAGCAGCGAGGGUCAGAUGGUGAUUGACGAGGAGGAAUAUUGUUUUCUGCUGCGCAUGCGCGAGCUCCAAAGCCAGUACCGUUUGCACUACGAGGAGCUGCGCGACAUAAAGGCUGAAGUGCAGUGGUGCCAGCAUCAGGUCAACCUGUGCCGCCAGAGACUCGUCUCUGAAUUUGGGACGUGGUAUGCUGAAGCAUACCAGGUGCCUUCAGAAAAUGCGCCUGCUAAUUCCAUAACUACAGCCACACCUGUGGUCGCCCACCCAGCUGUUGGCAAAACCCAGCCAUUGGUGGAAGGAGAGCAAGAAAAGCUUGAAAGAAUUCAUGUGGAGUUAAUGACUGAAAAUCCUGAUGCUAUGGCCUUUUAUGAAGCCAAGGCCCGCAUAGAGAGAAAGCACAAUUAUACCAAAGCUGCUGCCCAAAAUCAAACAAAAAAUAUGAAGGAAGACAACAUACCCACAUGUGCAGUUGGAAAUAGACUGCCCAAACAGAUUAUAGUGCCACAUUAGUCAUAUCCAUGCAAGGCAUUUAUCCAGCACUACUUUACAUUGAAACAAUGAUUUUUACAUAUUUUGGAGUAAUUUCACAAAAUAAUUAGUAUGACAUUGUACAAUGUUUGCAAACAUAUCUUUAUACAAUUGAUCAGUAAAAGCAAAGUAUAAUCAAAGUUAUUUUUUAUAAAGUGUCUGUGCAUCUUGAUGUUUACUCUGGCCACAAUUCUCGGAAAUGUGUUUUAUCCCAUGCAAUGUUACCAUGUCCAAUUGAAACCUUCAAAAAGAUACCAAGGCUGUAUUAUUACAUUAAUGAAUGCAAAUGUGGUGAGUUCAACUGAGUCGCAGACGUACUCUUGGAGACAACACAUUUAACACCAACACACGGGGUAACUGCCCCUUAACAGAAUAACAACCUAUGGUGGUGACCACCAGGCUAACUUCACUAUUACAACGGAACGGCCACAGCUCGGGUCCAGGUCCACGUGUUGGAGACUCUGUAGAACGUAGGACGUAGACAAAGGCUUCUUCAAGAUAAACAACAACACCGGUCCCUCUGGGGGACCCGGCGUAUAUUAUCUGCGGCGUGGCUGGCUCCGCCCUUGGCCACGACCACCUUCCAGAAUCUUCGAGCAGGAUCUGGACCCCUACCUCGUGACCACCCCUAGCCCCCACUUGGGGCCCCUUUGUAGACUUAACCGGUCAAGUGUCCUCUCGGGUCAACCAGAGUGCCGUGGCCUGUAGGGUUGCAACUGCACGCCAAGCGUGGUGCCACCUAGCGCUAUCAACCAGCGCUCACAGAGCCUCUCUAGGGCCGGCACAGCACAGUGACAUCCCGAAAUGUCACUACACAAAUAUAACAAAGAAAUAACUCAGAAAAACUCAAGAUACAUAAGCUCAUUAUUUAUUGCAGCAAGCAGAGACCAGAAAAAAAAACAGCAAGGUUCAACUACGCAGGAUAAUCUACCGAGCUACAUAUACACUCCACACACACGUAGGAUGCCAGAAACCAUGCGAUCACCGCAGCCUAAGUUGCUCAUAAAUCUCCUUGAGCUUGGCCAGUGCAGUAAGGCUCCUGAGAAGCGGGUAAUGUCUCAUAUCAAUCAUUCUAUAGAGUGCAGCCGUCUGUCUUGUUCAUCCUGGUUGGUUGACAACAAAUAACAUGUUAAAAACUCUCUACAAUGGAGGGAAAGGUUUCUGUCGAUUAAUUAAAUGACUGGAUACCACAGAAAAUAUUAAACAAAAAUAAAUAAAUAAAACGACCACCAUUUGGUGAUCAAAAUGUAAAAAAUAAUCACCAUUUGGUGAUUAUUUUUUACAUUUUGAUGACUACCAGGAUAAUACAUUGUUGCAAUAAGAGAGGAUCUGGCGAAAUCUGUAUAUCAUACUUUUCUACAAAUUUCCUAGUGUCCAAUUGAAAUAACUCGGCACAACACAUAGACGAAAGCACAUGGUUUAGUGUAAUGAAAGCAGAACCCAGAGCAACUUUCAGGGUUAAAUUCAGCAGCACGAUUGGGCUAUACGUAAAAAACUCUACAGACAACACCAGAAAACCCAUAGCCCCGUGCCUUGCAAUACAAAAACCACGCUUUCCAAACCAACCACUUGCGCAUCUGGUAACUUACAAACAUGUUUGCAUCCUGUUCGUCCAUACCUGUCAACCCCUUAUCAGUGCCUACCAUGUUACAGACCAAUUCACACCUUAUUGUGCCCUUAUAAAUCUUAACAUGCAUCCUACAAAGUCCCAUAACAAAGGAGAAAAACAGAUAGACAAAAAAAUGGUUUGCCCCUAUUGAAAACGGCUGUAUGCCGUAUGGACAUGAAAACUCAAUUUCCCUGCACAAGAACACGGGUUAACCCGUGUGGGUUGACACGGUAUGUGUGACCGUUAGCAGGGGUGUUAUCUUGUAAUGUACGAGCAGGAAAACUUGGGCGAUAAAACAAAGGCGAAUGUGUGUGUUGUAACGGCACUCCCUCCUCUACACCUCACCAAUGUCGCGUGACGUCUAACCCCCCCCCCCCUUCACCAAUGCACAUGCAUGUUGAACUUCUUUCGCACCGCACGUAGCCAACAAUGCUGAUCGUGGCGUCAUCACACCUCUGCUCCUCACCAGUGUCGCGUGACGUCACCUUCCCUCUUGUUCCGUGACGUCAUCAACGCCCCCCCCCUUCACACAUUUACCCCAACCUUCCUUUGACGUCAGUACUCCUCUCCCCAAGAGCCGAGUGUCUCUGAGGUCAUCGGCCCUCCCCUCCACCCCAGCCCAAUCUAACCCCUCCCCGCCACCUCCCCCCCUGUUCACCACCCGGCCAAAUUUUGUGUUAGCUUUCCCAUUGUCCCCGGUGCGUUGCAGACAAACAAGUGUAUUAUUAUUUUCAUAGAGAAGAUGCAUGUACGUAUCCAACAAUUAUACAUGGCCAUGUGCAGUACAUCGUUUUUGCAAGUUGCAUUUUGGGAAGUAAAGUAACAAAUGCACUUUCCAGUGGUUUAACAUUUCUUUUUUAUUACGCUUGUUUAACCGUGCCUUUGGACUUGCACUUUAAUGUUCUCGUUGUUUUAGAUUUUACAUAUGUAACUGUUCUGUCAGUGAUUGGCUUACUUUUAAAGGAACAUAACGUACACGUUUCAAAGUGGUCCAAAUAAAUUCAACUAAUGAAAAAAAUUAA